UGCGUAGUCAGCGUGCUCGACUCAGCAAUGUUCGACUGCGCCACUCUGGUUUCCGCUCUCGUAAAAGAAGGACCGCGUAACGUCUCCUUCGUUCAUUCACAACCACCUGCUCGUCGAGGAAGCAUCGGAUCUUUUGGUUCGUCUGCCAGUUGCCGAUCAAGUCAUCGGACCAGUCAACAGGAACGGCUUCCAAAGAUACAACUUGCACAAGGGGAGAAUGAAGAGCAACGCGAUUUCCGGUCUUCCACUGUCGAUCUGUGUAUCGGUCUGCACGCUUGUGAUUCUACUGUCUGUCAGCGAGACAGCUUACGCUAAGCGUGGUUGUUCCGCGUUCGGACAUUCCUGUUUCGGUGGACACGGAAAGAGAUUCGAUCCGCAUUUACGGGGCAACGUUCUUCAAGAGAAUCAAAUAGACGCGGCUACCAGUGACAAACACGAAGAAAUGGAACCUCUACGCCUGCGUAACGAGUUCGUUAUUCCUGGAAAGAAAUUCGAAGGACAAGAAGAGAUGCUUCUUCCUCAGACGCGCAGGCAGGAUUCUACGAGAUUCGACCCUUUCACUUUGUCGUUAAUCGUUCGGCAAUGGUUGACGUCGCAACAUCGCCUUCAUCAGCCGGACAUGGAGCUUAACAAGAAAUAAACGGAUAGGCGUUUCUAUUAUACUUUGAAUUCGAAACGAAGAAUUUGGAAAAUAUUAGAUAUCGAAAAUAUGUGAAA